AUGCAGGAUGGCAAGGGCCAGCUGGCGGAUGGCACCAAGUACCUGCGCGAGAGUGGGGAGGACUUUGGGCCCAAUGGCUUCUGGCGGCGCUGGACCUGUCUCAAGGGCGUAUCUGCCGCCGGCAAGGUGGAGUGGGAGGAGCGGUGGUGGGAGGAGAGCGACUGGGCGGGCAUGCGCGAGCUGGGAGCGGAGAAGAGCGGCUGCCGCGCGGACGGCGCCGCCUGGUUUGAGACCUGGCGCGAGGCCAUCGCCUUUGACCAGACCAACGGCGAACCUAUCGUCGAGCGCUCCGCCCACAAAUGGGCCUGCGAUGGCAAGGUGCGCUGUGAGUGGGAGGAGCGGUGGGGGGAGCAGUACUGGAGCCUGGGCCGUGCCAACAAGUAUGCCGACAAGUGGGGCAAGGAGGGGAACAACGUUUGGCAUGAGCGCUGGGGCGAAGACUACGACGGCGACGGCGGCUGCUGGGCGGAAAGGUUGCUGGAGGGCGGCGGCAACGAGCAGUGGGGGGACAAGUGGGAGGAGCGCUUCAAGAACGGCGCUGGCUCCAAACAGGGCGAGACGUGGACUGUGUCGGCGGGGGGCGACCGCCACCAGCAGUGGUGGGGGGAGGACCAUUUUGGCAAUGGCUGGGUGCGCAAGCACGGCAACUCCAGCACAGGGGAGCAGUGGGAUGUGUCGGAGCAGAUGGACACCUACUACAAUCCCAUCCCCCACUUUGGCUACAAGCUCGCAUUGGACCACUCCCCAACUCUAAAAAAUGUGCCCACUCUGCCCCGCGGCGGCGACGAGCUCGGCUCGGGCAUUGACGACCUCUGA